CCCCACGCCACCUCGCCCUCUUCCUCCAUCAUCCAUCACUCUCUUAUCAGCCCACGCAGUCCAAUCGAUACACUCACUUGCAUCGUCUUCAUCCCCUCCGUCGCUUAUCACGCCUAGCUCUUCACCCCCUCCGUUCAUCGUCUCCCUUCGCACGCCCCGCCGUCGACUCGCGGACCGUCAUGAACCCUCCCCGCGACGGCGACAAGGCACCUUCCCCCGCUCUGAAUUUGAAGCGCCCCCCUCCAUCUCCGUCCAGCUCGUCCUCCCCCAAGCGCGCUGCCUCCGAGGACCCCCUUUCCCUCUCCGUCGACCACCCCCAUCCUUCCGCUCUUCCAUCUAGCCCCUUAGCAAUGGACAUCGACGACACUGAGAGCACGGGGUGGGUCGACCGCACUAGCCAGGUUUCCAUCGCCGACGAGCGCUGCAAAGAUGUUCAAGGCACUGUGAUGGCGUCGGGAUCACCGCCGUUCACUCCCGGAUCGACAUACUACCUCAUCACGAAGAGCUUUUUCCAGGCGCUCACAAUAUAUGCGUGCUCGGGAGAGGGCUCACCCCCGCAGCCCGACUUUGAGAAUCUCGCUCAAGGAGCACCGGCAGAGCUCUGGGCGCCAGGACGUGAUGGCAAGGCAACGCGUCAGGCCUUCUGGCAGGUCCGCGAUGGGCUCGAGGAGGACGUAGACUUCAUGUUCACCGGUGUGGAUGGUUGGGAUUCGCUCACGGCCCUGACGCGCAAGAGCGAACCGGCCUUCCCGCGCGUCUGCAUGCCCAGCGGUAUCGUAGAGGUGUCUCCGAACAUUUACCGUCUGCAUGUGGUCACCGAGACACCCUCACUCCCAGUGCCCCCCGCCGCUCCCCCAGCUCCUAUCCUCUUCACGCUUCCACGGUCCAGCACAGUUGUGCAGCUCAAGGAGUUCCUGCGCACCGUGCUCUCUGACCGCAUGAGCCCCGGGGCUCCCCUCCGCGUGUUCUCUCUCGACUGCGCUGAGAAUCCCAUCAGCCUCGAUGUCGACGUUAAAGAUCUUGCCGACCUAGGGGGCAAACUGCUGAAUGGCAACACAGACACGAUCGAGACUUUGGGCUUUGCCAACAACGACUCUCUUGUCGUCGAGAUCGGCAACCCCAGGUUUGCGGUCGAGAUUGACAUGGCCACGCAGAAGGCUAUCAACGUAGGUGGACCAGCUCCGCUGUUCUCUAAGCCCGCGUUUUUCCCUGGGAGGGGAAGCUCCAGCGAUUCCUCGUCCAGCUCGACCCACCAUCUCUCUCUCGCCAAUGCAAAGGGGCCGAUGAUGACGCGCUCACAAGCUCGGGGCAAGAGUGGCGGCAAGGGACUCGUCGGGCUGAGCAAUCUGGGCAACACGUGCUUCCUUGCGUCCGCCACCCAGUGUCUUAGCAACACCCACGUCCUCGUCGACUACUUCCUCACCGACGUGUACAAGGAGGAGCUAAACCCCGAUAACCCGCUUGGCAUGAAUGGUCACGUUGCCGAGGCUUUCGGCGACACUGUCCAGAACCUCUGGGAGUCGCCAUCCUUCUCCUCAUAUGCGCCAAGGAGGUUGAAGGGCACAUGCUCGCGCUUUGCGCCUCAGUUUGCCGGGUACGGACAGCACGAUACGCAGGAGUUCCUCGCCUUCCUUCUGGACGGGUUGCACGAGGACUUGAACCGCAUCAAGAAGAAGCCCUACAUUGAGAAGCCCGACUGGAAAGCCGGCGGCGGUGAGCGCGAGCUGGCCGAGCUCGGCAGAGAGUGCUGGGACGGGUACAAGAAGCGGAACGACUCCGUCAUUGUCGACCUCUUCCAGGGUCAGCUCCAGAGCACACUUGUGUGCCCCGACUGCCACAAGGAGAGCAUCACCAUGGACCCGUUCAUGUAUCUCACCGUCCCGCUCCCUAUUUCGCAAACUCGCACUGUCAAGGUGAUCUUCUUCCCGAACAACACCGACAAGGCCCCUCUAAACGUCCACAUGCUUCUGCCUGCUAAUGCGUCUUUUGCGAUGCUCAAGGAUAAGCUCGGCCGGCUCACGGGUGCCCAGGCCUCGAACAUUGUAGGCUUUGAUCUGUUUAAGAACUCCAUCUACGCAUGGUGGAUGGACAUCGACCCAAUGACGACAAUGACCGACAACGACAUCGGUGUGUUCCACGAGGUCGGCGCCCCUGUGACCGCCACGGGGAAGGGCGUCGGCACGCUCCCCACUGAUGAGUCCGUCACUGUCCCCGUGUACACCUUUGCGCCAGACGAUCAUCCACGCUCGUCUUACCAGCGCCCCGGCCAGAUCCCAGAGCAAGGCAGCCUAGAGCCGUUCUUCAUUACCUUGUCCAAGGCUGAGGCUGCCGACCCCAGUGCCGUGCGGGAGGCGAUCAUGCGCGGCUACUCGCGUCUGGUGAGGCCCGAGAAGGCGAACGACCUUUGGGUCCUCUCGAACGACCCGCACGCCAAGGUGCUCCUGGACGACGAAGAAACCGUAGCCGACACCCGCGUUGACUCUUCUCCCGCCUCGACGCACGAAGCAACUCUCGCUCCGCCUCCAGACAUUCCCCGCUCAAGCAGCCCCAUGUCGGUCGUAAGCACAUCACCGAGCCAGCCUGGUCGGCUUGUCACCCGCGGUGAUCUGUUCAAGGUCUUCGUGGCGGACGCCUCGUCUUCUGAAAGCUCAUCAACGGGCUUCUUCACCAAAAAGGACCCGGCUGUGAACAUGUUCUACCGGGCCUCACCAUCGAGGGCGUCAACAUCAUGGUCGGGACUGGAGAAGAGGGCGCGUGCGAAGCGGCCGUUCUUCAAGCGUGUCUCAUCAGGAAUCUUCGGGAGCGCUGCCAACUCUGAGGAUGAGUCCGAGGACUCGACGGGCUCUCACCCUUGCGUGCGGAAGGGCGAGGGCAUCUUCGUGCAGUGGAAGCAAGACGACUUCGACGAAUUCUUCGAGAGGGAUCGUGAAAGCCUUGCCAAGCAGCUCGAGGUCGUCAUUGAUCCCGAGAUUGCAAAGGACAAGGAGAAGAAGAAGGCAGGGCGGGCGAUCACUCUAGACGACUGUUUGGAUGAGUUCUCUAAGCAGGAAACUCUGGGGCAGAACGACGAGUGGUACUGUCCUGUGUGCAAGAAGCACGUGCAGGCCACUAAGAAGCUGGAUAUAUACAAGGCGCCCGACAUCCUCGUCAUCUGCCUGAAGCGCUUCGGCUCGGCGCGCAACUUGCGUGACAAGCUUGACCACCUGGUGCAAUAUCCGCUCGAAGGUCUCAAUCUUGAUGAGCGUAUUGUGGAGCGGCGGAUCACGCAGAGCCUCAAGCUUUCGGACGAGGAAGCCAAGCACUUUGGCAUUGAGCACAGUACGGAGCCGUUCAUUUACGACCUGUAUGCCGUGGACAACCACUUUGGCGGCCUAGGCGGCGGGCACUACACCGCGUUCUGUCAGAACAAGAUCGACAAGCACUGGUACAACUAUGACGACAGCCGCGUGUCCAAGGCCAGUCCAGAUGCGGUGAAGAACAACCGGGCGGCGUACCUCCUCUUCUACAAACGGCGUACGGCUCGGCGUAUCGGCGGUAUCUCGAGACUGAAGGCCGAGGAGGCGAGCCGCACCGCUACUCCCAUGACUUCGAUGCCUGGGUCACCGAACAUAGCCCCAAGCGUACCCGCGAGCGCAAUGGCGAGCAACAUGCCCUCGGGGUCGGGCACCCCGAACGAAACGUCACCCGUGGUUAGCGAUGACAGCUCGAGCGACUCGGACGACGACCGCGCACUGAGCGGCAGGGCGCCCCGUCAACCCCUCGUGUUGAGCCCUGCGGUCAAGUCAGCGAUUGGCUUUGGAAACGUGGCGUGGUCGCGCGGGACUGGCGUUCAGCACAGCUUCGGGCAGGGCCCGCCGACGCCUGAUGGGUCUGAUGAUGGCGAUGAGUUCAUUGAGGUGGCCGCGCCUGCGCCAAGUGCGCCUAGUACAUCGGGCGAGAGCGGACUGGGCGGGACGUACGCCGUCGUGCCAUCUCAGGCCAGCGAGAGCGAUGCCGAGAUGAUCUCGAUGCCGCGCUCUCCUGAGAGCGCCGCGUGAGGCCGUGCAUAAGAUGGCAGACAACAAUGCAAGUAUAAGUCUUCUAUAAUCUAUCAUGAGCGGGCAACCUCUUCACCGGGGUUGGACGGCGUGCCGGCGGAGACAACGUCCUUCCUCGGCAACCCGACAACGACACCCGCGUCAAGGAUGCUCUUAACGGCGUCGACUUUCGGUCCUGAGUUUGUUCUGCAGUCAGCUUGAGCCAGACAUCGCGCGCUCACGUCAAGUAGUCGUCGAGGAAGGCGCGAAGCACGGGGCCUGCUACGCGCUCCAUCUUCUGGACACCGUCGAGGUCGUCGGCGCGCGACGGGCCGAGCGAGAUCAUGAACACGGGCUUGCCCUGCU